AUGGAAUGCGUUGCAUUUAAUACCGCUGCUUAUUCAUUCUAUACCUUUAUUUGCUCUGGUGUAUCAAAAAAGAGUAAUGAUGGGGAUUAUAAAAUAUUGGCUUCUUUGUUCCUUCUGUCUGAGGGACUAAACCUGCCUCUUAAAUUUGCAGCCACUAAAAACUGCGCGUUAAUUAUUCUUAAGAGUAGAGAUGGUGAAAACAUUCUAUUUAAACACAUUAAAAUCUUACAGAAUAUAAUCCAAAGUGGCGUGUCCUUCCUGGGCUGGAAAAAGAAUCAGAAGGUCGGUGAUGUAAUUAAUUUCUUUAUGAAAUAUUGUGAAAAUCCUGUAAUAGAGCCCCCUUCACUUCGGAAACCAAAUCUGUACAGAGAACGCAUUACAGAAUUGCUCAACUGUUCUCCUUCUUAUUUGAUACAAAUAAUCCUAAUUUUAUACUUAAAAAAGAAAAAAUAUUCCUAUAAAUUCAAUAUUGUGGUGUACAAUUUUUUUUUGGUUAAAACAGUUUAUUGA